AACCACCCUUCAUCAUUAACACAAUCUCCCUGUUCGCGGAUUCUUUUCAAAUUUGGAAACAAUUUGAUCCAAAUUCAAUGGCGGAUUCACGAGAGACAUUGUUAACAGCAGUAAACAACAAAAUCAACAUAAAAUCAAAUUACUGGAUUAUCGAUGCUCUCGAAUCCAGGGGUUUUUCCUGGAUUUUUUUCGACCAAUCAAGUCUAUGGAAAGCUGGUCUCUCAUGGUCAAUUUUCUUCCUCUUGGCGAUCUGCGUCCCGAUUCUAUCACACUUGGUGUUUCAGUGUUCCACCUGCGAUUACAACCACCGCCGGCCGUUUGAUUUGAUUGUACAGUCGUCGCUCUCUGUAUUCUCGGCUAUUUCGUUCGUCAGUCUCUCGUCCUUCUCUCGGAAAUACGGUCUCCGGCGAUUUUUGUUCCUUGAUAAAAUGUCUGAUGUUAGCGAUAAAGUCCGCCAUGGAUAUUCCGAUCAGCUUCAUAAAGCAAUGAAAUUUUACUGUGCAUUCGUGGUUCCUUGUUUCCUAGCUGACGCUAUAUACAAGAUAUGGUGGUUUAUUUCUGGAGCACAUCAAAUACCUUUCAUCUCCAACAUCUACUUAAGCCACACCAUAGCCUGUGUCCUGCUUUUGGGGUCUUGGUUAUACCGUACAUCACUGUUCUUUCUUGUCUGCAUGCUCUUCAAGCUCACUUGUUCUCUGCAAAUAUUCAGACUUGACGAUUUUGCUAAAGUGUUUGAAAGACAAGGAGAUGUAGGUUUGAUACUGAUGGAACAUCUUGCAAUCAGAAGAACUCUUCGUAUCAUAAGCCAUAGAUUUCGUGGAUUUGUGUUAUCGACUCUCAUACUUGUUACAGCUAGCCAGUUUGCUUCCUUGCUUGUGUUGACUCGGACAGGCUCACUCGUCAAUGUUUCUACUGCUGGAGAACUCGCGUUGUGCUCGGCUACUCUUGUGAGCGGGCUGCUCAUAUGCUUGCGCUAUGCGGCAAAGAUCACACACAAAGCUCAAUCUGUGACAAGCUUGGCAGCCAAAUGGCACACAUGCGCCACCGUAGACUCAUUUGAUGACAUUGAUCCUAUCGACGAGACUCUAUCUACUAACAUUACUUCCGAGAGACAGAAUUACAAUUUUAACCCUCAGUCACAUUCGGAUAGUGAAGAAGGAGAUGAAGACGAAUUGGACAAUACAAAGUUAGUUCCAGUCUAUCGGCAUACAGUCUCAUUCCAGAAGAGACAAGCGUUAGUGACAUACUUUGAGAACAACAAAGCGGGGAUUACAGUAUUCGGUUUCAUAUUAGACAGGUCAUAUCUACACACAAUAUUCGCGCUUGAAAUGACUCUAACACUUUGGUUACUCAACAAAACAAUAGGUUUCACAUAAACCCUAUAUUCACUAUGUACAAUGAUCACUCAAAUGAAUUGCAUAACCAAUACAAGGCUAGCUUUACUUGUGUCAUUUUUUUUAAUUUGGGCAGUUUACGAAAUAAUUUGUUGUUAUACAUAUCUAACUUGUUAAUCUACUUAUUUGUUCAAUUUAUGAUAGUAUAGGCAUAAAACACAGUUUAUAUGCGCAAAGAAAUAUGUAACGUGUUUUGAUUUAUUUAAUAUGUAGGAAUUUGUAAUAUUUUAAUUAAGCUCAAAAUAUAGCAACAAUAAACAUGAUUCUUGAAGGUGUUUGUGAAGGUAUCAAAUAUACACAUUGGCGUGUCAAUUCUUUUCUUAUA